UGGUUUAUUUUUCUGUUCUGUGGCUUGAGUCUGUCGCAGAGUGAUAGUGAAAAUGCUACUGGAACACAGUUGUGCCAUCCUGACAUUUAUAAUCUCCUGAAAGAAUAUGGAGUCAUGACAGAAAAAGUUAGAUCUAUGGAAGCCAGACUUAAGGACAGUGAGACCAGGCUUAAGGAAACUACAACCAGGCUGGAGGAUAGUGAAACUAGGCUGAAGGAGAGUGAGACCAGGCUGAACGACACUGUAACCAGGCUGAAAGACAGCGAAAAACAGAUUUUGGUGCUGCAAUACAAAGAAGGAACAAAGGUAAUAUUCAGUGCAGCAGGAGGAAGAGGAGAUAUAUCAAUUGGACCCUUCAACACAGAAACUACAUUAGCCUUCAAAAGAGUGAUUACAAACAUUGGAGAUGCGUAUAAUGAAUUCACAGAUUUGGCCUGUGGUGAGAUCGUGGGGCGAGGCGAACAGAGGGCCGGCCUAAACAGAAAGAUGGAUUUUGACAUUUUAUGCUAUAUUGUGCUGUUCUGUGGCUUGAGUUUAGCCCACAGUCAUAAUAAUGCUACUGAAACAAAGUCAUGCAAUCCUGACAUGUGCAAAUUCCUGGUAGACUUUGGGGCCAUAAUGGAAAAAGUAAACUGUAUGGAAGCUAAGCUGAAGGAAAGUGAAACCAGGCUGAAGGACACUGAAAUGAGCCUAAAGGAGACUAUAACCCAGCUGAAAGACACUGAAUCUAGGCUUAAGGACAGUGAGACAAAGCUGAACCACACUGCAAACAGGAUGAAGGAGAGUGAAAACCAGAUUUUGGAACUACAAGACAAAGAAGCAACCAAGAUAAUAUUCAGUGCAACGUUAAGUGGCAGUGGACAUACUGGACCUUUCAACACAGACACAAUCCUAGUUUACAAAGGAGUAAUUACCAAUAUUGGCUAUGCCUACAGUCCAGUAACAGGUGUCUUUACAGCACCCAUCCCAGGUGUUUAUUACUUUACCCUCUUCUAUAGUGCUGCAGCAAGUCAUCAACAAUACCUGUUUCUCCAUAAAAACAGUGAAGUGAUGGUGAUGACAAAUGAUCACGUGACACACAGCGAUGCAACUGAUAACGGAGGCAAUGCGAUGUUCCUGCAGCUGCAGCAAGGGGACAAAGUGUAUGUGCGCAUGGGUAAAAACUCACAUGUUUGGGCAUCCGAAAGCCAAACAACCUUCAGCGGUUUUUUGGUGACUCAAAUGUGA